UUGCAAACACACACACCUCUAAUUCGCAUUCAAAUACCGUAAAUACUUACAUAAGUGUUUAGUAAAAAAAAAAAAAGCAAAAUGAAAAUCACAAUUUUACUGCUAAUAUCUGUAGUGGCCACUUUUGUGGACAUUUCUUUGUCGUUGACCCCCGCUCAACAAAUAGAAGUUGAUGAGUUGGUUGAAUCCGUUUUCAUGGACUACAACAGAAUUCCAGGCGUGGGUUUAACAAUUGUGGAGAAUAGAGGGGCAACUAUUUACGUCAAAGGGUAUGGGUUUCAAGACAUGGAAAGUGGAAUUCCGGCGAAUAGCAGGACAAAGUUUUGCAUUGCUUCUAUUUCAAAGACAUUUGGAGCUACCUUGCUUAUGAAAGUAUUAAGUGAAAAAUUUCCAGAGUUAGGUUCCCGUGCUUUGGACGUACCAAUCAAACAAUUACAUCCAACUGGAAAUUUCACUUUUAGUGAUCGUUAUCGAUCAGAGUCCAUGUCAUUUCGAGAUUUAUUAAGUCAUCGGCAUGGCGUUGCUACGGAAAGUUUGGGCUCAUCUGCUGGUGCUUAUCCGGAUAUCGAAGAAUAUAUUUAUCGCAGCCGUUAUGCAAAAGAAGUAGGACCAUUCAGAGCUUAUCCCGAGUAUAGCAACACUUUUUAUGUUCUUCUGGGAAAUAUUCUGGCUGAAAUUGCAGAGAUGAGAUAUGAAACUUUGCUGCAAAACCUAUUUGCUGACAUUGGAAUGACUGAGAGCACCUUUGUGACCAAGACGGGCGACUAUGAGUCAUUGCUGGGAAUGGCGAAAGGGUAUUAUCUCAAGGAUGGUGAAGUUCUGAAGUAUAACAUGUCACUAAUUAAUCGAAUUUUCUUGGCACCCUCCGCCGGUGGAAUUAUAACAACUGCGAAUGAUAUGGCAAAAUAUAUGUCGUUCCAUCUAAAUCUGGGGAAAGUAGGAGAGACUCAAGUUAUUCCUGAAGAAGCGAUGAAAUGGAUGCGUCAAUCGGCUUAUUCACUUGACGGCAUGACCUUCAAAACUCCAGAAUCCAACCUAGUCCAAGGAGUAUAUGCUUUGGGGACCGGAUUUCAACUGGGGGCAGUGAAUGGUUAUGCUUAUAUGGCGCACAGUGGGCAAUUCACACCCUUCAUGUGUGAAAUGAGAGUAUAUCCGGAAAUUGGAUUGGGGACAUUUUCUGUUAACAAUGGACCCGUCAAUUUGUACCCGUCGCCUUUUGGACAUCCGUUUUUGCAUGAGGAGAUUGUGCGAAUUGUUACAGGGGGACAAUCUAAAAAUGAACCGUAUCAAAAACCAAGUGGGAAUUUUGUACCUAAACCUAAGAAAACAAACUUGUCACGUUGUGAUAAAGAUGUGAAGGCUCUCGAUCAGGGGACACUUCCUGGUAUAUUCGGGCACGCUGUGGAAGGAGAACUAGAGAUAACAAAUCCGAACGGCACGCUAUACAUGAGAUAUGGAGAAUGGGCGACUGGUUAUUUGACAACUUAUCCUGACGUACCGAAUGGAUUCCUUAUAAAUUGGGAUACAGAUCUUGUGCAAGAAAUAUACUUUAAUUCGGGUGUUUUUGUGGACAUGAUUGCCCAGUUUUCAGAUGUAGACACGUUGAACUUGCACUUAUCGGGUGCCAUGUGGGAGUUUAAGCGGAAUGUUACGCUGAUUAGUUUGCCUGAAAUUCCAUGGAGUGAGAAUAGUUGCGGACCAGAGACUGGUUAAUUGGACAGUUUUAUUUCACGUGUGAAAAGAAAUUUAAAAUAAAAGUUAUAAAAUAUUCUCCUUAAAAAGCGUAAUUGUAUCACAUCAUGUUAAAUGCUUCAGAUUAUGUAAUGGGUAAUAAAGCAAAUUAUCAAAUUC